AUGCUACAUGAACUCCUUUUCAGUUUGCUCGGAUAUUCGGGUGAUAUUUGCACCGUAAUGAGAGAAGGCAAUUCAUCUGCAGAUCCAAAGUGCCGAAUCAAGCUUAUUUCAGAGAAACUGCCUUUUAUUACUCCUUGUGAAAUUCACUUGAUCACUCAGAUUCUCGAAAUUGCUGGAAGCUAUGUAAGGUUGAAAGAUUUCAUCAAGAAAUUCACCCUUCCGGGAUCGGGAAGCGUAUAUCUAUCCAAUUUGGCCUUUGCAAUGGAUGAGGUUUUGACUGAGUACCGUGAUAUGUUAGCAUCAGUUGAAGCUGAUUUACUAGAAACUCCAUCACUAGGAGUGACAUAUAUUCUAUCCAAGGUUGAACCAUAUCGGUCGGUACUUCAUAAUCUCUGCAAAAUUCUCGAAUGCUCUGUGAAACGGUUUCAGCAGAAUAAAUGCAUUCUUGACUGCCUUGUGCCUAUCGAAAGGUCACCGACAGUCAAUGUUAUUUGGCACCAUUUACUUCGUGUUUUUCGUAGUCAACUCUCAGAGUGGCUGAUUUUUGGAAGUGUUAAUGAUCCUUAUGGCGAAUUUUUUAUUAAUUCUGAUGGUGAAUUCAUCGCUGACAAAUAUCCAACCAUUUUGCCACCCUCGCUUGUGAAUGAUAUUCUAUUUGCUGGUAAAGCUGUUCAAAAAAGUGAUGAGCAUCUUUCUCAAAAGCUGGAGGAGAGAUUUUUGGAACGCUUCGAAGAAAUUGCACAUACUGAUCUCUUGGGUGAUUACGAUGCAGAAGUGGAGAAAGUUGUUCACGAAAUUUGGGAAUUUAUCUCAGCAGAAAGGUGGCGACAUAUGUCGGAGGAUUAUGGAUUGUUGGAACAUUUGAAUCUUGUUAGAGAUGUGUUACUUCUUGGCAGAGGCGAAUUAUUUGGGUCCUUCUUUGAGAACCUGCUUGUUGGUGGAAGAUACAUCCUCGACUCCCCGAUAUCUACUUCCGCAACUGAAGUAAGGAAUCUUUCCCAUGCAGUGAAUAUCGCUUUCUUGUCUGCAGCUCGUUCAGUGGGAUUUGAUGAAGAACGUCUAACUCAACGCUUUAAGGACCUUGGCAAUGUGGAAGCUUUUCAUGAGAAAUUUUUAGCCGAUUUGGAAUCUCAAUCCUUCAUGCAUUAUGACCAAAUUUUUUCUUUGAUCCUCCAGUUGCUACACGAGUGUCGAAAAUACUGUAAUUCCUGUACUAUUCAAGCGAAAUCUGCUGAAAUAGUGACUUCAUUCGACCAUCUGGCGUACAAUCUUUUUUCGGCCCUUUCUGCAGCGUCAGCUAUGACGAGCUCUGGUGCAACGCAUCUUUCUCAACUUAUUUUGAGGCUGAAUUUUAAUAACUUCUUUUCUGGGCUGUCAAAUUACCAAUCGAAACCAGAUACAACAAUCCGAUUGUUUGAUCGUGGCGAGAAUUAUACUGUCCAUUUCAAUGAUGCACUCUUUAUUGCCCAAAAUUUUUAUAAAAACUCUGGAUCUGUUAGAAAUCUAACAGUUGGAGGGAGAUCUGUCCCCUCAUUAUUGAUUCCAAAGAGAGAUAAGGAUAUCUUCCGCUUCAUUCUUUUAUCCAAACAAUAUCGCAUUGAACUCUAUUCCUUAGAAAAUGGAGGGUGGUUACUAUCGAAUCAAGCUUCACCCGGAAAUCUUACCGAGAUGGAAGAUUUCUUGUUCUCAUCGGAAUCGGAAAGUGAAGAUUCUACUCUUCUUUCAAUCUUUGUCAAAUUUUCCAAUGAUGAAUGUAUUAUUUCUCUGGCGUUUUGUCACUUGGAAGAUCAUCGCUUCUUAAUCGGGCAAUUCGUUGAUUCCAGCCUUCUACCAAAUUUAGAGACAGCUAUUCUUCAACUCGGUGUUAAAGAAUGCAUUGUUCCAAGUGGUCUUCUUACUGGUGAUGCAAACACCUCAAAACUGAAAAACUCCGAUAGACCAGGCCAUCUUCCAUACUUACAGCUGAUUCUUGAAAGAUCGAAUGUUCUAAUUACUGAAUUGGACAAAACCGAAUAUUUCUCAAGCGAUCCCUCUGAUGAGUUAAAUAUGCUUCUCAAGCGUGGCAACGCGUCUAAUGUGGAUAUUCCAAAUUUAUUUCGAGCUAGUAAAAUACUUUCGCUUGCUUUUACUAAUCCCACUUUAGAAUCGGAACUUGUCGAAUCAUUUAUGUGUCUUGGAGCUAUCUUCAAAUUCCUUCGACUUCAGUCAAAUGAGGCCCUUUUCCACACCUUUACGCUCUCUCGAUUUUCUCUGGACAACCAUGUUCGUUUGGACAGUGCGGCACUAAACGCUCUUCAUUUGCUUCCAAAUUCCGGUGGAUCAGUGAACAAAUACGACAGCGUGUACGGCGUACUGAACCACUGCAGGACACCUCAAGGCCAACGUCUGCUUGCACAAUGGCUACGUCAACCUCUCACUGAUGUUGCCAAAAUUAAUGAGCGCUUAGAUUUGGUUGAAGCUUUUGUUGAAGAUAGUAGCCUUAGACAUAUCUUUCAUGAGACAUUCUUGCGUCGUGUUCCUGAUCUUCCACGACUCGCUAGACGACUCCAGAUGUCCAAAGCAAAGCUUCAAGACGUUUAUCGAGUUUAUAGAGUGGUGGGACUCAUGCCCGAAGCCAUUAGCCAUUUACAAAGAAGCGAGAAUCGUCAUUCGGACUUGUUGGAGCACAUUUUUGUCAGAGAUCUUCAGACAGCGGCGGAGAAUUUCAGUAAAUUUAUGCAAAUGAUUGAAUCGACGUUGGAUUUGGAGGCUGCAAAGGAGGGCGAAUAUAUAAUUCGAUCGGAUUUUGACGAUGAGCUCCAGUGUGAGUUAUGA